AUGACGUCAGCUACUUCGGACAGUGAAUUAGUUUCACCAGGAACCGUAAUUAGAGAUAAAUGGUGUAUCAUCAGAAAGAUUGGAGGUGGCGGUUUCGGAGAGAUAUACGAAGCUCAAGAGGUCAGCUCACAAGAGAAAGUAGCUCUGAAACUAGAAUCAUCAGAUCAACCCAAGCAAGUUCUCAAAAUGGAAGUCGCAGUCUUACGAAAGCUACAAGGCAAAGAUCAUAUAUGUAAAUUUCUUGGCUGUGGAAGAAAUGAUCGUUACAGUUAUGUGGUUAUGUCACUACAAGGUCGAAAUCUUGCCGAUUUACGACGUAGUAUGCCACGUGGUAUAUUCUCUAUAUCAACAACAAUACGUUUAAGUUUACAAAUUUUAAAUGCUAUUGAAACAAUACAUAAUGCUGGUUUCUUACAUCGUGAUAUUAAACCGUCAAAUUUUGCUUUAGGCCGUUUAUCAACCAAUUGUCGUACUAUAUACAUGUUAGAUUUUGGUUUAGCUCGUCAAUACACUUCAUCGAAUGGUGAAAUUCGGCCAGCACGUCCAAUGGCCGGUUUUCGUGGUACAGUACGUUAUGCAUCACGUAAUGCACAUAUGAAUCGUGAAAUGGGUCGACAUGAUGAUUUAUGGUCUAUGUUUUAUAUGCUUGUAGAAUUUGCAUCAGGUCAAUUACCAUGGCGUAAAAUUAGAGAUAAAGAACAGGUUGGUCAAAUCAAGAACAAUUUCAAUCAUAUGACAUUGACACGUUGUUUACCAAGUGAAUUUCGUGCAUUUCUAGGCCAUAUUGAAGAAUGUAGUUAUACAGAUCGACCAGAUUAUGCUAUGCUACGUGGUCUUAUUAAUCAAGCAAUUAUUCGUCGUGAUAUUCAUGAAACAGAUCUAUUCGAUUGGGAACAACCAGGUACAAUAUCAACUAGUACUGCUGGUGCUGUAUGCACAACAAUCGAUAAUCCAGGAAAACAUGGAACACCUGCUGGUGGUGGUGCUGCGGCUGCUGCUUGUCUACCACCGGGAUCUGGAUUAAUCAAUAACAAUCCUCAUCCUCCGCAUCAUCCUGCUCAUCAUAAUCAGCAUGGUGUCGGUGGUGGUACUACAGGUUGUUGUAGUGCUGUUUUAGUUGGUCAUAGUAAUCCAGUACAAUUUAAUGGUUUCACUGAUAGACGUACGCAUAAAACACCGCAUGUAUUAGUUUCAAAUAAUCAUCCACCUCCUGCUGCUGCAUUGCAUCGACGUUUAGAUAGCGUGAAUUUAGUCGGUGUAGGAGGAGGAGGAGGUGGUGCUGGUGCAUUGAAAAAUGGCGCUGAUUCCCUGCCACACAACAGUAAUGCUAUGAUUGUAGUCAAUGAUUUGCAUAAUAAGUCGACGAAAGAUAAUUUGUUACCAAUGUUGAAUGGAAAAACUCAAUCCACCACCACUACUGAUCAUCUACUUGUUAUACACCAAGCACAACAACAGCAACAACAGCAACCGGAUGAUAAAGAAGAAGGUAUUGCUUUUGCAAGCAGUAAUCAUCGUAACAUUAAUAAUAAUAAUGAAAAUAAUAAUAAUAAUAAUAAUAAUAAUAAGAGUUGUUCACCUCUUCCACCAUUACACACUACAGAUUUGAUUGAUGAUGAAUUGGUGGUAAAUUCACGGAAAUUUAUGACAACCAUGGAAAAUUUCAAUUAUCAUGGUGUCAUUGAUGAUUAUGGUGUAAAUAUAACACCACGUCAUAUCUUGGAAUAUCCAUCGAUUGUUAAUCCUACUACUACUACUACUACUAGUAAUACUAAUAAUAAUCCUAGUAAUACUACUGUUAACCAUCAUAUUCAUAAUGAUUUAAAAUGUAUUAGUAGUAGAAAUAAUAAUAAUAAUAAUUUAGGUCUAUGCAUUGUUGGCACUGGUAAUAGUAGUCGUGAUUCAUUGAAGCAUCCAAUUCAGCCGUCAACGUAUAAAAGUAGUAAUAGUCCACUUAUAGAAAUUGCUGGUGCUGGUGUUGGUGGUAAAUCAACCAUGAAUAAUAAAUCAAUUAAUAAGAAUGAGGAUGAAUUAAAAACUGCUAGUCAUUUCAUCAGUAGUAAUGAGCAUAGACAUCAUCAUUCACGAUUACCGGUAAUUAUGCCUGCAUUGGCUGCUACUAGACCAACACAUCAUGAUUCACAAGGUGUUGUAGAUGUACAAAAUAAUCCUGUUGUAGGAUCAUCAUCAUCGACGACGACGACAACAACACAACCGAUGUGUUCAACGACACCGCCACGUUCAUCGGUUGUUUUAAUGGCGGAUAAAUGUAUUUUAACGUAUUCACCUAGAGGAGGAGGAGGAGGAGAAGGCGGAAGCGGAGGUGGAGGUGGAGUAGUAGCUGAAGAUGGUGAAGGUGGUGGAGGAGGUGAAGGCGCUGCUGGUGAAGCACACAGUAUCAUUGAUAAUGUCGGCAAUGAUGUAAGCUAUGUGACUGGGAAUUGUGGUUAUACUAUGGAUCAAAGUCAAGCAAGUAUUGCUCAGCUGACGAAUGCUAUAGCAAUUAGUACAUUAGGUGGUAGUUGUGCUGGUGUUGGUGGACGACAUACAUCGUCGAAUUCCUUGUCACGUAUCACUAGUACUAAUCAUCGUUUGUAUUAUAGUAAUAAUAAUAAUGCUGUCGCAACCAAUUCGAUCACACAAUUCGGUGCUGGAGGUCUAUUGUGUUUAUCCAGUCAAGAUUUAAUUGAUCUCGAUGGAGAUUUGGCACAUUCUGUUGGUGGUGGUGGCGGCGGCGGUUGCGGUGGCGGUUCCGGUGGUUUAGGUGAAACAUUGAACAAUGAUCAACAAAAUUUAUUACCAUUGGACACAUUGAAUAUGAAUCAUCAAUCCAAUGAUGAUGAUGAUGAGUUAUGUGAUAAGGUGAAAUCCAAUGAAUCUAUGAAUCAUCAUGUUCAAUGUUGUGUUACUACUACUACUACUACGACGACGACUACCACUGCGGCUACUGCUGCUACUACUACUACUAAUACUACUGGUGAUACUACUAAUAAUCAUACACAUCAACAGUAUAUCAGUGGUCAUUUGAAAAAAUCUAAUAUAAAAUCUAAAUUAUCGAAUCAUUAUCAGCAUCAUUUACCUAUGAAUAGUAACAGUAUUUCAUCAUCUGGACGUAGAACAAAAUUAACUCGUGACUUAUUAGGAGGUCAUCAUCAAUCACCUGUGGAAUAUGGAUUAAGACGUUUUUCAAUAAAAAAUUUAACAUUAACCAAUAAUGAUGAGAAAUAUGCUAACAAUAAUAAUAAUAAUAAUAGUUCGUCAUUUGUCAUCAGUUCUUCAUCACCAUUACAACAGCAACAACAAUCCAUCAGUAAUAAUAAACCAAUCCCUAUGUCGUCAUUACGUCAACGGCAUAGUUUAACAUGUACAUCUUGGCAGCAACCGCAGCAACAACAACACCAACAACAACCGACUCGUAAUCAUCAUCGUAAUGAGAAUGACAAUGUUAGUACUAAUAAUAAUAAUAUCAGUAGAACUAAUCAAGAAUUAAUUACCUCAGCAGCAACAACAACGACAACCACAGCAGCUGCCACUUCUUCGUCAUCAUCAUUAGGUGGUGGUGAUUCUUCGUCUUACUAUUAUUAUCCGUCGAAAUUAUCCUCUUUAGUCAAUAAUAAUAACAACAGUAAUCGUCCACAUCAACAACAUCGUUUUACUAAUAAUCAUAAUUUAAAUAGAAUUAUUAGUUUAUUUAAUCAAUCAAAUGAUAAUAUUCAUACAACUGGAACUACAACAACACCCACUACUACUACUACUGCUACUACUCAUAUUGAACAAAGCCAUGUCAAUCAUUCUUCACCACCAUUGAAUACGGCACGUUCAAAUAUGAUUCAUCGUAAUCGAACUAGUUUAUGGAAUAAUAUUAAUAAUAGAAAUAAUAAUAAUAAUAAUUAUUCAAUGCAUAAACCGCGUAGUUUAAGCACAGUUCCUGUACAUAAUCACAAUAGUAGUAGUCCAAUAAUAAUCAACGGUCAUCAACAUCAACAACAUCAUCGAGCACAACAUGUUCAUUGGAAUAAUCAUCGAUCACCUAGUUGUUUAAUUGAAUCACAACAGAAUAAUAAUAAUAUACAUUAUUUUAAAUCAUUUAAUCAUCAUCAUAAAUAUAAUGCCGAUGGUGAUGAUGGUGAUCGCGAUGAUGAUGAGGAUUAUGUGUUUGAAAAACGUCCAUUGAAUGGAUGUCAUCCUACUACUACCGCUAAUAAUAAUAAUGAUCCUAUCAUCAUGAGUAAACGAAGAUUUCGUCGUACAUUGAUUGAUCAUCAUCAACCUCAUCAUCCUCAUCAACAUCAACAACCACAACAAAAAUCCUCGAUAUUAUCACCAACAUCGAAAUCAUUAUCUCUACCAUUGUCAGUAUUGGUUGUACCACCGCCUACAACCUAUGCAUCAUCCUUGUCAUCCUCGAAUAGUAGUAGUAGUAGUGAUAUUGAUUCGGAUGAGAAACAAUAUCCUGUGACAAAAAAUACUAAUCACUCUUGUUCUACACAACAAAAACAAUCUAGUGACGAUUAUGGCAUAGAGAAUUGUCCACGAACGACGACUAGUACGAUAGCGACGACGGUGGCGACGACUACUGCCGCUGUUACUGGUCGUCGUCGUCGUCAUUGUUAUCCGCAUAAUGGGAAAGAGAUUAUUGUUAGUCCAAUGAAAUCAAUGAUUAACAAUGAUUUAUCAAAUGAAAAACAAUUACCAUGUAGUAGUACUGCUACUACUACUACCACGACGACGACCGUGACGACUCCUGCUGCUGCCGCCGCUGAUGCUCCUCCUCCUCCUACUACUACUACUAGUACUACUAAUUGUAUUGCCAAUUCCCCCUCUUCAUCGUCGUUAUCUUCAUCAACAUCAUCUUAUCACAUUAUUGCAUCAAAUAAGAAAAAUAACACUAGUAAUAAUAAUAAUAAUAAUCAAUCCCCAUUGAUUAUGUUUGUUCCACGUCCAUCGACUAAUUCUUUGUUGAAUAAUAGUAAUCAUAAUAAUGCUACGUUAGCACGUCAACGACGUUAUCGUCUACCAUCGGAACUAUCCAAUGUAUCAUCACAAUUUGCAUUGAUAAAAACUACUGACUCCAUAAAUGACAAUAAUAAUCAUAUUAGUAAUCACAGUGAUGAAUCUGCAUUAUCGAAAUCAUUGAAAAAUCCAGUUGAAUCAUCAAAUCUAAUCAAUAAUCAUGAUGAUCACCUCUGGUUAUCAUCUCAUCAUCAUCAUCAGCAACCAUCACAAGCACAACUGUUGACACAUGCAUCUACAACCAGUUGAUGAUAAUCACUCCUCCUCCUGCUUCUUCCCGUUCUCACAUCUCCGCCUUUCUUUCA